UCAAGUGCCAGCAGUGCGUCUGUAUUGGUAAAUUCUACAGACUGCGAUGUCGUCUCAAGACGAAAAUGGCUAGCCUCAUGCACCUGGUCGUCCACAAUUACAAUGAACUCAUACAACAUAAAAAACACCCCCUGGUGGACCAGUGGCUGCUGAUGGACUCGCCGGUGCCGCUGCUGCUCAUCCUGGGCUUCUACCUGUACUUCGUGCUGAAGCUAGGACCCGCGCUCAUGGCCCACCGCAAGCCCUUCGAGCUGCAGAAAGUGCUCAUCUUCUACAACGCCUACCAGGUCGUCUUCAGCGUGUGGCUGUGCCUGAUGCCAGUUCGAGUGGGAGCGAUGGAUUAUCUUUUUAAGCAUGUCUGUCAACCAAUGGAACACAGAAAUCCAUUUGCGUACCAGGUGUCGAGUGGGGCCUGGUGGUACUUCUUCUCAAAAAUUAUUGAGCUUCUAGAUACGGUGUUCUUUGUGCUGCGGAAGAAACAAAGCCAAGUGACUUUCCUGCACGUGUAUCACCACACAAUUACUGCACUUUUCUCUUGGGGAUACCUCAAGUUUCUGCCAGGUGAACAAGGCGUCGUUAUCGGAGUGCUCAAUUCUUUUGUGCACGUGUUCAUGUACACAUACUACUUGCUGGCAGCCCUCGGCCCGCGCUAUCAGAAGUACCUUUGGUGGAAAAAGUACAUGACUUGGAUCCAGCUCGGGCAGUUUUGCAUCAUGUUAAUGUACCUGCUAUUCCUUUUGGCCUACGACUGUGAGUUCCCGAAGGCGCUGACAUUCUUCUUCGUAGGAAACGUGGUGAUCUUCCUGUACCUGUUCUUCGACUUCUACAGAAAUGCGUACAAGAAACGCGCCUGACAUUUUAGCCCACACAGCGCAUAAGCUUCACAGACGCCAGCUUUAAGCAAACUUGAGAAGUGUGCUGUAUCUCCCAUUGUAAAUAGUGCCAUCACAUGUGUAUCGGUUAGAAGCUAAGUACGAAUCACUUUCACCUCUGCUAUACUGAUUCAUUUCUCUGUUAACAUUCGGUCAGUAUACAGAACACUCAUUUCUUUAAGUGUGCCGUAUUUAUUGCUAUCGGCUUUCGUAGGAACUGGUUCACAGAAUGUGUUUUACGCCUUAUAUAUAUAUUUCUUCUAUCAGUAAUCUUUCACACGUCUCACGUCUGAGAAUUGAGAGGUUGAUAAGUGAAAGGAUAUAUGUCAUUUAUCUGGACAGCAAUUGUAGACUCUGUGGUAUCAAGGUGUUCUGUCUCUCGGAAGAGUUUCAGUGUCGUGUUACAAACACAAGAAUAAACGAAGACAAUGAAAACAUUGAUGGUACUUGGUUGUACGUCUUUCAGCUUAUACACACAACCACUGGUUCCGAAACUUAUUUUUAAACCUAAGAAUAAAAAUUCUAAAUCUUUAUUCAGCAACAUUUCUGAUGAUCUGAAUGAGAGAGCGGAACGUUCACUUCCGUUAUUCAUUUUAGUUA